GCCGCCACGCAGUGAUAACACCUUAUAUAACGCGGGCAACUUAAAUCCGAUCCGCGUGUGUCACUAGACUUCUGAUAAGAACGACGCAACAGAUAGAAAAAAGCUACCUUUUUCCGAGACGAUAACGAAUCGCUCGGGAUGGAAUCUGAACAGCGAUGAAAGAAAUUCUAUAAGAUUGAAGAGCCAAGAUUAACCAGCUGUUAAUACUCAUCACUGCUUCGCGUUAAUGGAGCGCAGCCUAUGGAAAGGGAUGCGAUGACACGCUGCCAACCAAAGACGAAGGUUCCUUAAGACGGGAUUAGAAGGCUGCCUAAAACCCAAGUAAACUCCUGUCUACAUCUUAGAUCAAUUAAAUCAUCGACGUGAGCUUCUUGAAUAGCUUCAAACUUUGCGUACUAGAUUCAGUGUCGCGCACGAAAUCUGUGAAAAUUGAAAAUUGUGAUUUUAUACAUGAUAACGAAUCUGCAAAGAAGAAAAAAAUUGUGAGAAAGAAAACCGCCAAAUUGAUCCCGGAUGAUCAAAGGAUCGCCUGUUGAGGACAGAUUUAUUCUAUGUCCUGCGAAUUUUUGAGAGGUCGAUUGUCGCGGUGUAGAGAUUUCAUAAAUGAUAUGCUCGUCGGUGAAUUAAAGCGUGUACCUGGGCCAGUAGUUCGGACAAUCGAUAAUGCCGGGUCGUAAAACUUCGCGCGAGGCACGCAGCAGUGUCUGAUAAAUAAUGCAAUUCUAUCGGAUCGGUCGAUGUUUCGGGGUGUGAAGCAAAAAGCGUUGGAUCACCCUUGGUGCUGAGAGAACCUCGAAACGUCUUACAACGUGAAUUACAACACGGACUUUGUAUUGUGUGCAUCGAUUUCGUGAAGUUGACUUGAAGUGCUUGAUCUUCGCACGAACUAGAGACGAGGGUUAACAGGUACGUGUAUUAUCUGAGAUAAGUGAUCGUGCGUGCUACACGAGUGUUCGAGAAAGUGCGGAUUUCCUUAAUUUUUUUUUUUUACGGACCAAGCCAAUUUCUAACAUAACGUCAUCGCGAAACAAUUCGUGUGACAGUAAAUAUAUAGUGUCGAGUCUGACAAAUAUUUGUCAGUGCUUUUUCAAAAUCGUGUUGUUUAACGUGCGACGAAGCGCCUCAUCGUCAUUCAGAAAAUUCAUUGUUCGACGUAAAAAUAAAAAAGCGACUUUCCAUAUUGACACGCCGAUGUCAAACAGAACUCAUGCAUAUACGUGUUAGAACAUAUAAAUCGUUGCAUAUAAGUAAUUAUAAUAAUAAUUUACGUAAUAGUUCAGAUACGAAGUCGUCUAAAGUGCAAGCCUCGCGAUAAUUACUUUUUUGAAUGUGAGAAAGGAAAAUCAAAUUAUCUCUAACUCGUAAAUAGAAACGUACAGCGAAUAAAUCUCUACGAUAGCUCUAUUUAUCAAAAUAACAAAAUCACAUGAGUUUCUUUAGUAUAACUGUGAAGAAUUCUUUCGUGCACAAAAAUUUGUAAAAUCGCGGAAAUAUAUGGGCGAAAAAAAUACGACGGGAUUCUCGAUGUCGCUUUAGAUUCGAGAAAGUCAAUCUCCUUUCGCGUGUUCCGAUAAUUCUGGACGAACCAGAAUGCGGGUAGUGCCGCGUGUGCUUCGUUAAACUGACAGUAAUCGUCAACCGCGUGUCACAAACUCGUACGUGGUAAAGCGAGUGUUGGCAAAUUAGAUUCCGGCGAUGCACUUACGAUGACAUCGUUUUGUGAUUUGAACACUUGAGCAUCAACGCACGUGUGAAAAUUGGACUCGUCUUUCACGAGCACGAUAUUGCGCAUUAUUACAGGAAGAAAAUCUUAUUAAAGAGAAGUUGGAAAAAAAAACACAUCUCUAAAUUAGUCAUCAUCUUGAAGAAAAAAAGUUCGUAUUGAGUGUAGAAAGAAAAUCGGAAGGACAAUUAUUAUUCGUCGACGUAAGAGUAUCACAGUCGUUAUCAAAGCAUUCGGCCAUUGAUAGGUUUGUCGAUUCAUUGGAAUAUUCCACGCGAGAGAGGUAUCAUAUAGGAGGAGUAUCUCUCUGGAAAAAAAGAGCAUCGCGCCCGCGCUAUCGAGGAGUUGUUUCAAAAAGAACAUUCGAUCGAAAAACUCGCGCGCGUGGUCGCGAUCGCGGAGAGUUAUCACUGGAAAAACGAUAAUCGAUCGACAGUCGACGAUUGUCGCCGCGGGGCAAAUGGCAAACCUUAUCGUAGUCGACAUGUGAUAUAUCGCGCUACGACGAACGAGUGGCGCGAUUGGCUGACGAGAGAAUGACGGUGACGUGUAUGUCGUUUACGGAUGUUGUUCAGUGCCGGGAUGCUGUAGUGAGUAACUGUCAGUAAAAUCGACGCGAGUGCGGGACAACGAGAUCGGUUUCGUCGUCGUUAUUCGCUGGAAAGAGUGAGAACAGAGCCGGUCGACAUCACUUGGAGAAACACCCAGCAUGAGGGAUCAUCGAGGAGGAUGGCUGCGCGCCAUGCUGCUGAUAACGUUCCUCUCGCAUCAGACGGCAGAAUGCGCGGCCAAGAGCGGGAGAGCGGUGGUGGAGCAUCAUCCGUCCUCUUACUGGGAGCAACCCUUUAGUCAGCCUUACUUCGACAACACGACAAAGAGGGAGACCACAACUACCGUCGGGCAAUCCGCUUACUUGCACUGUAGGGUGCGCAAUCUUGGCGAUCGUGCGGUCUCAUGGAUCAGGCAGCGGGAUUUACAUAUCCUCACUGUUGGCAUCCUAACGUACACAAACGAUCAACGUUUUCAAUCGUUGCACAGCGAUGGCAGCGACGAGUGGACCCUGAAGAUCAGUUCGCCGCAAGUGCGAGACAGCGGGAUCUACGAGUGUCAAGUCUCGACGGAACCUAAGAUUAGUCAAGCUUUUAACUUGAGCGUAGUAGUCUCGAAGGCAAAGAUCAACGGCAAUUCAGAGCUCUACAUCAAAAGCGGGAGCGACAUCAAUCUGACCUGCAUCGUGCUGCAAACGCCGGAACCACCAUCCUUCAUCUAUUGGUACAAGGGCGACAAUGUGAUAAACUACAGUCAACGCGGGGGCAUUAGUGUCGUGACGGAGAAGCAAACGCGAACGUCACGUCUUCUGAUCAGCAAAGCACUGCCAGCCGAUUCCGGCAAUUACACCUGUGCGCCAUCCACAGCCGAGUCAGCCAGCGUCCUCGUCCACGUGCUCAAUGGUGGGGGAGCAUCCGGCGGCCAUGCAGCACGGCAACUCCAGCAACAGCGGCGCGGCCACGAGGACGCUCGCGUUACUCCUGUUGCUCCUGCACGCCGGCUCCUUCGCGAGGUGACUGGUCGAUCACGAGGCGCUGCAGUAAAGAGAGUACGGGCCGAUAGUUUCACCCAGGCGAGAUUGAGGGAACGAGGAUGGGGUGCGAGAGGUUGGUGAGACCAGAAGAGAAAGAGAGGGACGCACCACCUGCUGGACUCUAUAUAAAUCAGCUCGAUCUUCUUUCCGUAUAUUGCGAUCGCCUUCCCCGGGAUAGUAAAGUGCGCGAAGGGUGGCGAACGCGAGAGAGAAGACGAUGACGACGGUAAAAACUGACCGUGCGUGAAUAGUUUCGUCAACUUUACUCUCGCUUCCGAAGUGCACGGAGUCCAGCCGGUCCUGUCCGCGGUGUUUCCUUAAAGCAAUCUUCGUGUUCCCGUGCAAUCGCGGGACUUUAAGUAUAUAUACAUACUUAUAUACCUACGCUCUGCAACUCGAUCGUACUCGUCGAACUUUCUAUCGCGAUUCCGCGGAGAUUAUCGGAAACGACAGCUCGUGUAAACUCGACGACGAAGGCGAAUUCGUGAAGAUGCGAACGAUCGAACUCGUAGAGUAGUAUAGCGAGUGUUCGAAGGACCAACGAACCGAAUGAUGCGUUUCGACGAGGACGAAAUGAUUUCACUCACGUCGACACUCGCGCGAAGACGACGACGAGAUUAGCAUUUCUUUCCCACUGCGCGUUACAUUAUAUAUAUGAGGAUCCAUCGGCGAACAGCUGACUACUGUCGCAGGAUUCGCAGUAGUAAGAGUCAACGUGUUUUCGUCCGCCCGGUCGGACCGACCCAGAUACGCGCUCGGCAAAACCACCGCGGGGAAUUCCACUCAAUUUCUGGUUGCCGGAUGCGGUAUCGCUUCUUCCACGAGGAGAACAAAUAUUUUGAGGUUCGUCGGACUUGUCCGUGCUCGCGAAAACUUCCGGGGAUGUA